AUGCUCGGAAUUAUCAUCGGAGUCGCCUCGGUGUUGGCAAUGAUAGCUAUCGGCGAUGGAGCAAAGGUGAUUGUCCUGCAAGACGCACAGAAACUCGGCGGCGUGAACCAAUUUACGAUGUACCGAAGCAGUCAUAAACGAGUGGGUAGCCGAUGGGUCCCGAAUCGCAGCAAUGAAUACUUUAAGUAUGAAGAUGUAUUGGCAAUUGAGGCGGAAUGUCCAUCUGUGAAGGUAGCAGUGCCGCGAAUUCCCGCAUGGCGUGGCGUACUUAUUCAAGGAGGCGAUGGUGCUGAAACCCGAAGCGGUUACAACGGUGUAAAUGCCUCGUUUUCAGAAGCAAUGGACUGGGACCUUCAGCAGGGGCGCUUCAUUUCGGAUGAAGAUGUUGAUAACGAAGCGAAGGUUUGCGUGCUUGGCUCUGAGGUCGCUGCCAACCUGUUCGCGAGUCAAUCCCCUGUAGGAAAGAGAUUAAAAUUGGCAAAGGUCCCGGCGGUCGUUUCGAUCGAUAUGGUAGAAAAGACCGGAAGCGGAUAA